GCCACUCAUUUUGCCGGCAUCGGCCCCGCGGUGAGAGCGACGCAGUGGAGGAGCAGCGGGGCAGCAGGAUACGAAGAAUGGCAAGUGCAGACCAGAAAAAACAGAAGGUAUUAAAAGCCAAAAAAACAAUGCCUACAAGUUGCCGGAAGCAGUUGGAGAGCCUCAAUAAGGCAAAGAAUGUUGAAGUUCUGAAAACAACAGUGGAAAGAGAUAUUCCAAAUGGCCAUAAUCAGAAGAGGACAUUUUCAGCAAACAAAGAAAAUGUUAAGCGCAUGAAAACUUCAGAGCAAAUUAAUGGGAAUGCUUGUGUAGCUCUGGAAAGGCAAACAGCACUGCUAGAACAGGUUAAAUAUUGGAUUCAACAGGAGAUCUACAGGAUAAACUGCAAAUUAUUUGAUAAAAAAAUGAAUGAACUGAGUGAACGUAUUGUGAAGGCCGAGUGCAAGAAUAAGCAUGAAGCAAUAGCUGGUGAACUAUUUGUAAAAAUAGGAAGACUUCAAAGACAUAUUAAAACAAUUCAAGAGAAUUGUUUGGAAUCGAAUACAGUAAUCAGUAGUACAGUCUGUAAGACUGCAAAUUCAGAGACUAUUCAGAAUUUGACUGUGAACCAAGAGUCAGUUAAUGGUCCAAAUGAAAAAGUGACUUCUAUGAACUGUGAAACUUUUAAUUCUGCAAAAAAAACAAGCAAAAAGAAUGAUUUGCCAUCGGCUUGUGCUAAGUUUAUUUCUAAAAGUAACACUGAUGAUGCUAUGUUGAUGAAAAAUCCUAAUUCGACAAGUCCGAUUGCAUCAAAUCCAACAGAAAAUCCAACAUUCAACCUGAAGUACCCUCUGAAAGCUGUUUCAAGCACAAAGGAAGUAAUCCCAGUAGCAGCAAAUGGAACUGAGGCUUUUGAUUCCUUUGAACAUCUGCCACCUCUCCCAGAGCCACCAUCACCAUUUCCUCCACUGGCAGAAAAAAUCCGAGACACACUUCCUCCCCAAAAGCCUGAGCUGAGAGUGAAGCGGGUGCUGAGGCCCUUGGGCAUUGCCCUGACGUGGAAUAUUGCCAAGGUGAAUCCCAAGUGUGCUCCUGUGGAAAGUUACCACCUCUUCCUGUGCUGUGAGGAUGCAAAUCAUUUGACAUGGAAGAAAAUAGGGGAAAUUAAAGCUUUACCGCUCCCAAUGGCCUGUACUUUAUCUCAGUUUUUGUCUUCAAAUAAAUAUUAUUUUACUGUCCAGUCAAAAGACAUUUUUGGGAGAUAUGGACCAUUUUGUGAUAUAAAAUCUAUUCCUGGGUUUUCUGAAAACCUUACCUAAAAGUCCUCAAUAAUUACAUGUUGUGUGCUGCAUGUUAUUUUUUUUCAUAUUUGAGCAUUUUGUUUUCAGCAUUUUUCUAAUAUUAUUUACCUUUGUACGUACAGUUUUGUGAGCCCUUUGUAUAGGGAGAGUCUUCCAUGUAUUGUAAGUGGCAUAGAGUUUUGUGAAAUUCUGAUUGCAUUCAGUUUGUACUUCCAGUGUUGUGUUCUCAGUCAUACCUAUUAUGGACCCAUGUUACCCCAACACUUUUUUUUGCCGAGUGUGGAUCAUCCUGGGUGCAUCUCUGCUGUGACCUAGUGCACAGAAAAGCUUUCCGGUUCUGUUUGAAUUCUAAAUGCGCUAUUGAUUUGUGCCCAUUGUUUUGUUUUGUAUUUUGCUUGAUUUUAGCUCUUAGUCAUUUGGGGGAAUUUGUUAGGAGACUUAUUACACUACACUUGUCAGGCCACGUGUGGUGGUACAUACCUAUAAUCUGCCACUUGGGAAGUAAAGGUAGACAUAUCUGAAUUCAAGGCCAGCCUGGUGUGCAUAGAAAGUUCCAGAGCGCCAUGGUAAGACCCUGUCUCAAAGUAAAACUGUUACUCAUUAUGUGCUAUGUAUACAAAAACAUACAGUACCUCUCAAUAAAAACAUUGUUGAACCUAUUUCAACUGUGCAGUU